AUGUGGCAGAUGUGGAAAGUUCAUGUGUUGAGUGUAGGAUAUGUGACAGUUGCAGGUGUGGGAGGUAAUGAUGGUGGAGGUAGUGAUGAUGGAGGUAGUGAUGCUGGAGGUAACGAUGCUGGAGGUAAUAGUAAUGGAGGUAAUAUUGGUGGAGGUAAUGAUGGUGGAGGUAACGAUGCUGGAGGUAAUAGUAAUGGAGGUAAUAUUGGUGGAGGUAAUGAUGGUGGAGGUAAUGAUGGUGGAGGUAAUGAUGCUGGAGGUAACGAUGCUGGAGGUAAUAGUAAUAGAGGUAAUGAUGGUGGAGGUAACAGUGACAAUGGCGUGUUUCUGGAAUGA